CUAUCAUUACACCUUUGAUGAUGAGUACCACUGACGGCAAUGUAUUGAAGCCAUCUGCUGUUGGUACUAGAAGGGAUACAGGUGUACUAUACAAGAUGCAGAGACGCCAGCCUUUAUCAGUAGUACUUGCUGAAGAGCAUAGUAAUACUGACGAUGGAGAGGGAUCUCAUGGUCUCAAGAAGUGCCUGGGAUUACCUGAGGUUAUAUCCUUUGGUUUGAGUACCACUGUUGGUAGUGGCAUUUUUGUUACAGUUGGUAUCAUAGCAGUGAAGUAUAGCGGACCUGCUCUAUUUAUGUCAUUCCUAGUUGCCAUUGCUGGAUCUCUAUUAUCCGCUUUCUGCUAUGCUGAGUUUGCUGCUAAGAUACCAGUAGCUGGUCAAGCCUACACGUAUAGUUAUGUAUGCAUUGGUGAGCUAGCAGGAUUCAUCAAUGGAUGGCUGUCUACCGUGCCGUACUGUAUAGCAUCAGCUGCAGUAGCACGAGGUUGGGCUAAUUAUGUACAAUGUUUCAUACGUGCUGCAUUUGGUGUAAUACUACCAUCAUGGAUGUAUGCUACACCUACUCAAUAUGGUAUCAUAUCAUUCUCCUUCCUAGCACCAACUCUAUGCGCUAUAUGUACUCUCAUUUGUUUGUCGGGUGUAAAGGAGAGUGCUACCUUUAGCUUUAGUAUGGCAUGCCUUAAUGUUGCCUUGUUGCUAACCUUUUCUCUCUAUGGAUCAUAUAUGUACGGGGACGUUGGUAAUAUGGAUCCAUUCACCCUCCCUAGUGAUGUGGCAGUUGAUGGGGUCGGAGGCUUUGCAGGGGUACUACGUGGAUCUGGCCUAGCUUUCUUCUGCUGUGUUGGCUGGGAUGCUGUAUGUACAUUGAGUGAGNNNNCCUCUACGAGGACUCCAUACCCCUAG